CUGACAUUUUUACACUUGUGUAAAUUGACAGUAACUCCAAUGAAUUUUUAUGUCGUUUAGAAACUAGAGGCAUUUUUUCCUUUAAUGCAGCCAGAUACAUUCAAUUUAAUUUGUUUCCUAUUUAGAGUCAGCUCUGAAUGCCCUGACAAAAUACCUCUACAACUAUUUUCUUUACUCUUACUGAAAAAUUCCCAUGAUACUAGAAUGAUAAUCUUCUCCAGGAUCAGAGAUACUUCUUUCAACCAAAAAAAUCCAUGCCUGAAGCUCCAGUUAGAGAUAGAAUAAGUGUGUGCUGACACAUGUCACCAGUGCUUCAGAAUCAAAACUAGAAGAGAGCAGGUGCUGUAGUGCAGAAAUAUGCCUGGCAGUCGGAAAAUAGAAAAUUGCCAAAAACAUGGCUGUCUAAAUAUGUGUUAUAAAAAGAGAUGAACUGCACAUGAACUUUGGGAGUUGUUUACGAAAACAAGCAGAGCUUUAGGAUAUUAGAUGCCCUUCUCCUUAAUCACCCCAGAAUUUGAUAGGUGAGUAGGAGACUUCUAAAGGCAUCAGUAUCAGGGACGUAAUUCCCAUUGGCUUACAUUUCUGUCUCUGAUUUAAUGCCAGGGGAAGUGAUAUUCAAACCCAACUUUUGCCAUUACACAUGCAGUUGCCUAUGGGGAAAAUUACAGUGGCUCUAUUUAAAGUAAACAUCUAAAGUAUCUGCCACCGAUUUCCAAUGUAACCUUGGAGAAGUGACAUGACAUAACACUGUUGGCUCUGUUUCUCCACUAAGUUAUAUACUAUCGCAGAAGUGCACAACAGUAGGAGGAGACAGAAUUCGUAUUCCCUUCUGCCCAUUUCCCAAUUUAUUUAUCCACUCUUGAGAUGUAUUUGCCAGGAUUAUCAAGGCGUACAUCAUUCAGGAAUCUGAGGUUGUGGUUGGGUUGGUUACAGUGGCAGCAGUGCUGUUCCUCCUUCUUGUUACCAAAUUUAUGUGGACAUAACAAAAUGGGUGUGCCAUAACCAAGCUAGUACAGCAGAACUGAAGAUGUUCUAAAGUGAUCUCGAGCGCACACUAUUAACCAGAACACACACUACCCUGAGUAUAAAAUCAGAUUAUAGCCCAUGCUGAAACUCAUGCUCCUUUGUCUUUGGUCUUGCAUGAUGAAGAGAAAUUUAGCAGAGGGCUUGUUUAAAAUGCUCUUGCACCUUUUUUGUUGAGAUGCUUACUUUUAACACAAGCAGAGUUGACACCAGGUAUGGACAAAGUACACUUUGCCUGUGGAAGCAGUGUGUCGGAUGUAAUAAACCUACAAUAGCAUUCCUGUUUAUUUUGCCUGUGCCAGAGGCCAGAAAGCCACAUUUGCUGCUUUGUCUGCUGCUGGUGGAGGAGGGACAGUCUCUGUUGGAGAACUUUUUUUUCCUCAAAAGCAAAAGUCACUGCUGCUACACUUAAGGGUGUCCAGAGCAAUGAGCCCAGGUUUUUAGAGCUCACUUCUUCAUGUUUUCUUUGUCCCAACUUUUCUCUACCUUUCCCAUAUUAGGAUGAGUUUAACAUAGCCCUAUGACCUAUGAGUGGGGUCUAGCUCUUGUCUCCUAAUGAGCCCCUCAGUCCCACACGUUUCUAAUUCCUCACACUGACAGAAAUGUAGGAUUUUGCCUGAGUGAAAGCUCAAGCCUGGGGUUUAGUCCAUUGUUUUCUUUAAUUUUACUGUGUUUUGCUUCAAAGAGUUCGCGUAACAAGACGAGGGGCAUUGAGUUAGCAAUAUUAAAGACACAAGAAUAAUAGCCUAUGCUGACGGAUAAGAGUAAAAAAAAAAAGUCUUCAGUCUGUCUUCAUUUGCGGUGGUGCAGCUGUGCUGGCUUCAGGGAGGAGGCAGGGCUGUGGCACCCAGCCUCCAGCUGUGGGCUCAGUUCUGCUCCCAGGCACUCGGGCUUCGCUCCCAGCCCUGUCAGCUGGUGUCUUGGGACGCAACCUCCCAAAAGAAAGUCACACUGUUGCUUUAUGAACAGGGAAGUUUUAAAUCUUCAGAGUUUAGAGGCUGGGGAUUUUCUUCAGGAACGUUCAGUUGUUUACUUGGGCAUCUUUGUUCAAUUUUUAGAUCAUCUUUGAAAUUUUCACUAAUGGCCCACGUCCCAUUAUUUAUGUUACAUGGGAGCAGAAAAAGCACCCCAGUAAUGUAUUCCCCGAGACUUACAGCUAGACCAUAUAAGGAGAAAAAAUGUGUUUUCCCUGAAACCUGCUUUGGUAUUUACUACAAAAUACACCCAGAGCUAAAAUAUUUAUGCUGUGCAUGGAUUUUAUCAUAGAGAAAACCUUAUUGUUCUGAAGAGGAGAGUGCUGACUGAGCAAAGGAUGUGUGAAUCCUCAUGUCGUGUCCUUCGUCUCACUGAUCCUCUUGUCAUCAGCUGCUUUGCCCACAAAAAUAUAUGCCACUCCUGCUUAGUGCAUUCGAAGACACCCAUCUUAUAGCAGAGUUUGUCCAGACUUUUAUGCUGCAUGAGUCAAGUACUUUAUGGCCCUUCUCCAGGGUACAUGUGGGGACAAAUGUUCCCUGAAAUGUGAAUUUUCUGACUACGGGUGGUCUCAAUCACUGACCGCAGCUACACCCAAGCACAGGUACCUGGCAGGGCAGUGGUAUGUGCAUGAAGCUUCUGCCCCGGGGUCUCUCUCGGCAUGCCAAAUGAAAGCGAUUUAACACACAGUGCAGCAGGAGAGUUGCUGUGGUGGGCAGAGACGCAAGGAGCGAGCUGAGCUCCUCCUGCCUGCGGCUCAGCAGGGGGAGCAGCUAAAUUUCGCUGUGCUGCCUUCAGGGUCUCCCGUGGACUGUCACUUGCUGGAUCAUUUUUUGUCACAUACGCUCCCUUCCCUCACCCCAUGCCGACACUCGCUAUGGGCACUCCCAGUGCUUUAAAUUCAGGCCGAGGUGUUUUUGGACCUUCCUUGCUCGCCUUAUGCCAGGGAUGAGUUUCACUGUGCAACGGAGAUUCUCCAUCCAAUUUCAAGUGCUUUGCUUUGCUGAGACACAAAGUAUCUUAACAGACUGGAGAAUCUGAUCCAGAAACUUUAUAAAGUAGCAGGAAUAUUUGGGUAUAUCCCAAAGAAACUGUUAUCACCAUUCCCAGAAUGCAAGACAGUAGGAUUACACAGUGCCCAAUAAUUCUGCACUUCAUCAGUGGUAGCAUAGUUAGAAGACAGAAAAAGAUUUUAGGGAGGAAUGGUUUGCUUUUAGCUCUUUAAGAUAGCUGUUAACCAGCAAAACUGCUGCUUUAAACAAAGUACCUUUAUGAAGCAGUUUAUGAGGAUCAAGUUGCAAAGCUCACAAUGUUCAUACUAAAAAAUAUAACCCUGAAAACUGGGUCUGGAAGGCAGCAAAGAAUCUUCCUUUACAACAUGGACGCUAAUAAAAGAAACCAAAAAUUGCCUAUUGUCAUAGCUUUAAUAUUAACACUGACUGCUUUGGCAAGCUUUAAAGACUGGACUGCACUAUAAAACCUAAAAAUGUCCUGGACUUGGAGUUGUUUACACAAAAUAUGAGGAGAUAUAAAGUUACAGAGCUGGGGGUUGGAAGAGAUGGCUUUAAAACCAUCCUCCGUGCACUGACGUCACGUGGAAGCCAGCUGCUGGGAUGAUGCUGAACGGAACUGUUUUUCAGUUUGCAAAAGUUGCGGAGUUAUUCAAAGACAGUUGCAAAUGCUGCCCCAGUUGAAAGGUUGUGUCUUGCUUAGCUUUCUUAUUUCUUUUAAAGAUCAAGAUUCGCAGAACUGGAUCCCAGCUAGCUAUGCAUUUCAUUGCUUUCACUGCUGUUUAGAAAUGGACUUCUAAAGGAUUUCUUAUUCCAUGAAAGGAAACAUUCAGGGAAGAAAGACAAAAAGCAGAGCUAUCUUCUUGCUGUUACAUAGACUGUAACCAUGGACCUGCGUAAACAACUGGAGAAUACUGAGAGGAACUGGAAUAAAGAGAAGAUGGAAUUGCUGGAGAGAUUUGACAACGAAAGGAAAGAAUGGGAAUGUCAAUGGAAGGUCAUGCAGAAGAAAAUAGAAGAGCUUUACCAGGAGGUAAAACUUAGAAGGGAGAGCAAUAUGAACGUCCAUGAUAAUAAGGCCAUUCAGAGCAAGAUGCUGCAGCUGUCCAUGCAUUCCCCUACUUUGGAAGAGAGCGACACAGUGGAGCUGAACUAUCAACACAAUGUGGCAAAUGACAGAAUGGAAAAAGGGAGUUUGCUCAGUAAAACAGGACACGAAUGUAAAGAAACCAGAGCCAAGAGCAGAAACAAUAGUCUGUUAAUGGACAAUCUGGGCUUUGACCGUGAGGAACCUGAAGAUAGCCUCAGCAUCAAAACUUCCAAGAAAAAUGCCAAGAAUUAUAUUGGUGAUCUCAAUGUAGCUCUUAAGGAACUUGCCAGAGUCAGUGAAGAAUUAUGCAGCUAUCAAGAGGAAAUUCGAAAGAAGUCCAACCACAGAAGAAUGAAGUCACUUCCUUUCCUGGGGGAAUUUGAGGAAACCCAAAACACAGUUAUUCUGCCUGAGAUGAACCAUGUGUCCAGCAAUGAAUCACAGACUUCAGUUGCUUUUGAAACAGAGGAACGUAAUAAUAGGAAGAAUCUGAUGAGCUCCACCAAGGCUUUGAAGGACAUGUCUUACGGUGGUCUUACUGGGGACAGAGGAAUAGACUUCAGACCUUGGCAAAAGAAAGAAGCUCCACCAGUUCCUCCACGGAGCACUUCUCGGCACCUAACAAACUCACUUUCUGCAGUUGUACAGCUUUCUGAAGCACCAAUAAGAGAUCCAGGCAUCAAAAGCAAUUGCAAGGCUCAGGAUUGUAGGAUUGGAAGGAAACUGAUGAAUCCUUCACCUAUAAACCAGAAUGAAACUGCAGCAGCCUGUGCAAAUGAGGGGCAGGCUGUGAAAGGUCCUGUGAUUGUAACUGCUGCAAUACCUGUAACCAAAAAUGAGUGCAAUGUACCAACAAGUUUCUGCCACAACACGUGGGCAUAUGAUGUGGGCAAACUUGGAAAAGUCAAUAAAAGUGAACCUUCCCCACUGUCAGCCCAAAAGAGUUGUUCAGAUGGAAAUAUGGCCCAAAGCAACAAGAUGCACCAGAAACAAAGUCCCAAGUCUCACAGCAGCCCUUAUUACAGUAAUGACUUUUAUGCCCCUGCUACCCUGCACAAUGAUCUUUUGGAAGAAUCUAGGUAUACUUUGGGAAAGACCCAAAGAAAUGAAACUUUAGCAGCAAAGAUCGAUGAGUUUAACCGGACUGUAUUUCACACAGAUAAGCGUAACAACGCUUUGCAAGAAAACCAGGUGCCUCGAACAGCAUCAGAAGAUCACAAACCCUGCAGCCCACUGUGUGACUCUGCUAUUAGCAGGACAGAAACUGUAAAUACAUCUUCUGUUUCAAAUCCCAAAUUCUCUGCAGCAAAGGAGCAAGAAACUAGCAACCCCAGCAAAGCUGUCAGAGUGGCGGGGCAACAAAAGCAAAUAAAUGGACUUCCAAAUACUAGUGGUUAUAGGCACAUGCUUCAUGAGCAUGACUGGAGACCAAGUAAUUUAUCCGGUCGCCCGCGUUCAGCUGACUCAAGGUCGAACUAUGGUGUUGUUGAAAAGCUUUUGAAAAACUAUGAAAAAUCAACAGUGACUUCUCCGUGUAAUGCGAACUGCUGCAAAGAUAAGCGGACAUGGGCAAAUUCUGAAUUCACCGAUGGGGGUUGUGAGACAUUGAGUCAGUAUUUAGAAAUGCUCCAGAUUGAGCAAGGAAAGCAAGAAUUUCCAAGGAAUUCAGCCAGGCAUAUUGGGCAGCAACUCAAGCAAGGAAAAGAGAGACAGAAGUUACCAGAGAUAUCUGUGCCAGCUAAAUGUUCAAGUGGGAAGGGUUUCUCCCGGCCUGCUCGGCCAGCAAAUCGACGCUUACCUUCCAGAUGGGCAUCCAGAUCACCGUCAGCACCGCCUGCUGUGAGAAGAACGGCGUAUAACUGCUCUGUCUCCUUUCGGUCAGAGACCUCAGUAGUCUGAACCCAGAGCUGGGUUGGACGGUGUUGUGAAAGCUCUACGCCUCAUUAUAACUGUGUUCGGUAUGUGUUAUAGCAACCAGUUCCACACCAUUGUAUCUUGUCCAAGAGUGACCCCCACCACAUGCUGGACAAAGCGUUUUGAAUCUUAGGUCGUCAUCACCAUGGUCUUCAGUGUUUUUAUUGAGAUGAAAUAACUAUACCCCUGGUUUUCUCUGUUUUUUUGUAGUAGCUCACAAGGAAUUUCUUUUGAGUGGCAUCUUCCUUAAUUUGCCAAUCAAUUUUGAGUUGAAACAAUGUAUAGUGCUGUAUAUUCUGACUCUUCUGCAAACAGCAGAACGUAAAGCUGUAUGCAUGAUGAUGUGUUUGUAGGUGCAUGUGUUGGACUAGGAAGUAUACAGGUCUGUAUUUAGAAGAGGCAAACUGUGCUAGUGUUGACAUUGAAAUUACAACCUAUACGCGUACAUAUAUAUAUACUUUGUGUUUAUUUUAAAAAGUUUGAAAUAUACAGUCCUGAUGACAUUUAUAUUUUGUAUAUCUUUUACAUAGGUUCACAGGUGUAGUAUUUAAUGUACAAAAACUAAAUAUGCAUUUUUGUGACUGAUUGCAGCGAUAAUGCCUUGCACAAUAUGUAUCUGAAGCAGACUAGCUCGACUGAUUCGUCAGUCAUGCUUCAUGGCAUCCUCGUUCGGUUUCCUAACCCUUAUGAUGCUAGGUCAAAAUACCCAAACAUAUUUUUUCUGAAUUAAAAUAUUAUAUGAUUUGUAAUACAUUAGCCUUUUUCAGCACCAGAGACAUUCCUGAAAUGUUCCAAUCCCUUUAAAAAGCUUAAAUGUGCCAUUAUAUAUAUAGCAUACUGUAAACACUUCGGUAGUUUCAACUAGUGUAACAUACAAUUUAUGAAGGGAAGAAAAGGGUUGUGUAUGCUCAAUUCUGUAAGACUUACUUUUCCUUCUAGCAUUAUACUUUGAGGUUUGGCAAAGUCAGAUAACAAUGGACUUGUUUACUUUCACUCAAGGCAGGAGAACAAGGACCGUUGUUCCCAGUGCUGCAGCCACACUCCUUUUUUUACUCUCCUCCUAGACUAGAGUGCCUGAGCCACUUGCUAAUUUACUGCUCCCGGACUGACUCGUGGCAGUCAGUUACGAAGUUUACUUGCGCUCUGGCAACAAGCUGCAUCUAGUACGGAAAUAUUGCAUCGAGGUAUGAUCACAAUGGUGCCCGAAAUCCUAGACUCAUGGCGUUGGAAGUAUGUUUUUGCCAUCACUUGACUCGGUAUUAUGGGCCAUCUGUAUGACGUGCACAGAGCCUGGCUUGUUCCUUCCCACAGCGUGAAAGAAAUAUGGAUGCUACCCAGACUCUUGCUGAACUUUCAGAAAGACAGUGUCCUUCAUCCUGGACUUUUUGCACCCUUCUCGAGGCUGUUGCUGGAUGCGUAGUGCAGCAAUGAUCAUAAAUGUUACCUUUAAACAGCAUGUCUAGGUUAAAAGGAGUAGAGAGGCACUUCUUCAACAUCAGCCUGAUCUUGUCUUGCAACGUUUCUUCUUCUCCUGGAGAAACAUAGUGUGUUCAAAGGAAUUUCAAAAAUCAUCCCAGGAUCCAUUAAUGUGCACAUCUUCUUAUGUGAAUGUAAAAAGGAUUUCAGAAAGAGUGUAGGCUUUUGUCCUAGUGAAUUGUAUAUGUGGCAAUAUAGGGAAAAUUAAUUGUGCUUAAUUUGAUAGUGAUCUAUUGUCCUACUCCAGUCAUGUUGAGAAUCCACGCCUUUUUCCUUCCUUUUAGGUCCUUUUUCUUCUUUCCUCCGCACAACUUUGGUUUUGCAGAGAGAGAAAACAGAAGGCCAUGUGUUCUGAUCAAUAUUGCCUGUAUGGUAGUAUCAGUAACUGUUCAGGCAUGCCAGUAUUGGAGCGAGCAGGCAUUAGAGCCAGAAAUCCCACUUUAUCCUGCCAUUGUGGCUGCCUGCAUGGCAAAAACACACUCAGAGUAAUUUGUCCAAUCUAGACUUCUGGUCCUUUCUAGGUGUGAGUGGUGGGAAAAUCCCACAACAAUAAAUGAAGCUUCAAGCAGAUGAACAAUUCAUCAAAAUUUAUUCAGACAUUAUUGCAAAGUUGUUACUGGAAAAGAUGCAAGGACAGAAAAGCUUGAAGAAAAUUUAUACAGUUUGGAUAGAGACAAAAAUCUGUGUACUCGAGUGAAAAAUCAAGAGUACUAUAAAUUUGCCUGUUUGCCCUAAUUUAGAGGUUGCACUCCAUUAAUUUCCUUAGAACCAGAAGAAUUAGAGAUGAUUCAUAGUGAGUUUGGAACAUGGCUUAAGAUUCUAGCUAAGUGUGGAAAUUAGCAAACUCAAAUGCCUUGCAAACUGACCUUUUAAUGCCUAAGUAGUUGAGCAGCUUUAAAUGCCUAAGGCUGAGGAAAGGGUAAUAUGAGAGAAUUGUAAAAAAAUACGGUUCUUAAUUUCAGUCAGUGUUGACUGCACUAAAACUUCUUUAAAUUACCUUCAUGGUAAAGUUAAGCAGUUUUGUUCUGAAAAAUGGUGGUGCACUUUUGUUUGAAGUAUGUAACUACAAAAGCAUUUCCCUUGAUUAGUCAGUGAAGGUGUUUCUUUAGUUCCCUUCAGUUUCUUUGAUCGCCUUUGACAUAUAUCACAUUGUUGAAUAACAGAGAAAGGAUCAAGUAUCUACAACAUUCCCUAAUGUAUGUAAGUUUAAUGAACAGAAGGUUUUUGAAAUAAACUAAUAGGUCAAGGACGA